AUGUGCCUUGAACGUUUACUCUCAUCAUCGCCCCCUAAGAGGACCAAAAAGCCGUCGUGGGUCCCAGUCCCAAAAGGAUACAAGUUUGUGAGAAUCCUGGGAAAAGGCGGCUUUGGAUUAGUGAUGGAAUGCAUGAAAGAAGAAACCGGAGAGCACGUGGGCAUAAAGGUGUCCGAAAUGGACGAUCUGGACCACGAGGCGGAAAUCCUGAAAGAGCUCAAGCGCCACAACUCGGACGAAGCCAACAUCAUCGAGUUCAAAGGAGAUGUCCUCAUAGAAAAUAAGCGGCUCCUGGUGUUGGAAAAAUUGGACAUAAACCUGUGGGAAUAUGUGCGAAGUUUAUCACAGCCAAUGGAACUGGAAAACAUCCGUACAGUUAUUCAGCAGCUGGCUGUAGCUCUGAACACAACAAAGAGUGCCGGCAUAAUCCACGCUGAUGUGAAGAUCAAUAACAUCAUGAUGGUGGAUCAUGUGAAGCAGCCCUUCAGGGUAAAACUCAUAGAUUUUGGUUUGGCCAUGCACACGUCCGAAGCCAGAGCAGGAAUGCUUCUCCAAACACCGCCAAACAGAGCUCCAGAAAUCUUCCUGGGCCUGCCGUUUUCAGAGGCCAUCGAUGUUUGGUCGUUAGGCUGUGUGAUGGCCAGGAUGGUGGCUCAUACUCCGGUUUUCAUGGCAAACUCAACCUACGGCAUACUCCAACAAAUGAUCUGUCUGCUGGGUCUGCCGCCACAACAUCUCAUCCAAGCUGGCCGGAGAUCACGAUCCUUUUUCACCAAAAUGCCAAGUGGUUUGUGGCGGCUGAAGACACAGAGAGAUGAUGAACCUAAACCCUCCACCAGCAUGUCCACCAUGGUUAAGUCUGCAGACCCUGAAACCAGAAGUCACCUGACAGGCUUGCCUGAUGAGGACAGAGACUUUGAGGAGAAGAACAGAGAAAAGAUCAAGGCUGAGAAGGAAAAGGAUGGUUAUCCUGAGAACAUCCAGGACAGGAAGAACAGUGAAGACAAUACGACACCUGUCAAACAGGAGAUCAAUGAGUGUGAGGACACCAAGGACAGUGAAGAUAAAGACACUGAGGCCACUGACCACCAUGAAGACACCAAGGACAGUGAAGAUAAAGACACUGAGGCCACUGACCACCAUAAAGACACCAAGGACAGUGAAGAUAAAGACACUGAGGCCACUGACCACCAUGAAGACACCAAGGACAGUGAUGAUGAUAAAGACACAAAGGCCAGUGACAAUAAUGAAGCUGCUGAGGACAAUGAGAAGGAGCAGAGCAAGGCAAAGAAGAAGAAGAACUGCUUCCAGCGCAUCUUCUCUUGGAUAAAGAAGAAGUUCUGCUGCUGCUGCUGUGUGUCUGAUGGGAUGGACUGA